AACUUGCCAGCGGCGGGGAAGCGAUCCCCAGCGCCGGGGGGCGGGGGGGCGGCCGCGGCGUGUGACUAACCGACGGGGGAGGCUCCGCGCCCGUCCGCAGCGCGCGGCCGGCAUGGCAGCGCGGAGAAGCCCCCCGGGGGCGCGGGAGCGGGAGGGUCCUCGCGCUCCCGCCGCAGGAAGUGACCAAGUUCACUCCUGGAUGCUAGUCACCAGCCAAACUUUGGGUACCGUGUGGAGAAUAGCAAAGGGGUCAGUGAUGUUGGCAGCUUCAUGUCUGGUGGCCGCCCUCUGCUACUUCAGGAGGAUGCACUGCGAUUUCGGGCACUGGCUGAAAUGGUGGAUUGGAUAUCUGCAGAGAAAAUUCAAAAGGAACCUCAGCGUGGAGGCGGAGGUUGAUCUGCUCAGUUACUGUGCGAGAGAGUGGAAAGGAGAGACGCCACGUGCCAAGCUGAUGAGGAAGGCUUACGAAGAGCUAUUUUGGCGGCAUCACAUUAAAUGUGUCCGACUAGUAAAAAGAGAUAACUAUGACGCUCUGAGGUCAGUGCUGUUCCAGAUAUUCAGCCAGGGCCUCUCCUUUCCAUCCUGGAUGAAAGAGAAGGACAUUGUUAAGCUUCCUGAAAAGCUGCUCUUUUCACAAGGUUGUAAUUGGAUCCAGCAAUACAGUUUUGGUCCUGAGAAGUAUACAGGUUCCAAUGUGUUUGGAAAAUUACGUAAAUGUGUGGAAUUAUUGAAAACACAGUGGACUGAAUUUAGUGGAAUUAAGGAUUAUCACAAGAGAGGAAGUAUGUGCAACAUCCUUUUUUCUGAUGUUCUUCUGGAAUAUAAACUGUAUGAAGCUUUAAAGUUUAUCAUGCUAUAUCAAGUCACUGAAGUUUAUGAACAAAUGAAGACUAACAAGGUCAUUCCCAGUCUUUUUCAACUCCUGUUUUCCCGGGAAACAUCAUCUGACCCUUUAAGCUUCAUGAUGAAUCACCUGAAUUCUGUGGGCGACACAUGUGGACUAGAGCAGAUCGAUAUGUUUAUUCUUGGGUACUCCCUUGAAAUAAAGAUGAAAGUGUUCAGACUGUUCAAGUUUAACUCCAGAGACUUCGAGGUCUGCUACCCAGACUUGCCGCCCAGGGAGUGGCCAGAGAUCUCCCUGCUGACGGAGAAUGACCGCCACUACCACGUUCCCAUCUUUUGAGUCCGGUGUGGACUGGGUACCAGCUCUCGCCAAUGGCAGUGGUCCUACUUUCAAGGAAAGUCCGGCUGGACAACCAAAGCUAGCAUCGCAGCCACUGAAAGGAUCAGGACCUUCUUCAAUGGAGGGGCAGGUGCCCUGGACGCAGGGGUGCACAGAUAUCCUUUGUUUUCCAGCAAUUUCCUCCAGACCAGCCUCACUAAUAAAUAUAUUUGUGGGUUGGUGGUUUGACCUCGUUCAUGUGGGCUCUGGUCAUUUCACAGGUAGCAGGCCUUUCAGGGCACAGGGACAGUGAAUUUGGGCAGUAGAACACCAGGAAAAAAUCGAGAGAAAAAGGGGGAAAGGACUAACCGGGAAAGACUUUUUCUCUAACCUCGAUGUUCUCGUUAGGAACCUUGUCUUUGAUUUUGGAUCUUCAUAAGCGUGGCCUUAUUUUAGAAGCAUUACCUUCCCUGGAAUCUUUCUGGUAUAUUGAUUUUUCUAGAACGACUUGAUUAACUGUAAAAUUGUGUGUGUGUGUUUACACACAUAUACACAUGUGUAUACAUUGUAUAGUUUUAUAUAUACACAUAUGGACACAUACACACAAAUAAUCACUACCUUGUAAUGUUGUACAGUUUGUUUUAUAUUGCUUUACAUUUUUUUAUUACUGUUGCAUCUGACUGGUCCGAUUUGUUUUAUAUGGAUAAAAAAGAUUAAUUCUGUAGAUGAAGGCAACCGGAUGACAAUUAUUGAACUAUUACAAAACAUUAAACUGUGGUGUAUUUAUUUACAUGUGUAUUUAAUGUGUGGUAGCUAGGAUCAUGCCACCCUAACCCCUACCAUGCCUAUGUCAUAAUCUCCAGGACCUGUGAAUAUGUUGGGUUAAGUGGCAAAGACGAAUAAGGUUGCAGGUGGAAUUAAGGUACUAAUCUGACCUGGAAGUAGGUUAUUCUGGGUUUUCCAGGUGGGCCCAGUAUAAUCCCCAGGGCCCCUAAAAGGGGACGAGGGAAUUGGAAGAAUGUCAGGGCCAAAGGGAAAUGUAAAAUACAGAACGGAGAGAGACACAACAUUUCUGGCUUUGAAAAUGGAGGAAGGAACCAUGACGGAAGGAAUGGGGGUGGCCUCUGAAAGCUGAAAAGGCAAGAGAACAGAGUCUUCCCGAGAGCCUCCAGAUUUUAGCCCGGGGCAACCCGUGCCAGAUCUCUAGCCUACAGAACUGUAAGAUAAUGCGUCUGUGUGGUUUAAGUCACUAGGUUUCUGGUAAUGUGUUAGAACAACAACUGACAACUAAUGUACUCAAGGUAACUAAUUUUUGGUCAUCUUUACUUUGGAAAUACUUUUCUAGUUUAUUUUGUUAAUCUUUAUUUUGAAGGUAUUUUGCUGGUCUGUUUUGAAUUUCAGUAAGUACAAAGUAACUUUUAAAACCCUGGCCAAUGGUAUACUACUUCAAAGGGACAAAUCUGUUCUAAGAGUGACUUACUUAACAUUUUUUAUGCUAACGUUUUCUCCCAUUUUCAUACUGUUUCUACUGUAAGUAAAAUAAGGGACAUUCAAUGCUGUGGUAUAUAAAAAUAACAUCCCGAUUCUUUGGUACUGAGGAUAAUCAGUACGUCCAAUGGUACGUUGUACUCUACCUGCUGUCAUUUCGUUUUCUGGUUGAAGAGUUGGAAAGCAAUCAGCUCAGACCAAGGGGCUUUGUGUUACCUUGAUAGCCCCAUGAAAUAGGAGCUCUUUUCUUUUUUUGAAAUAGGAGUUCUUCCUUGAUCUUUAUAGUGCAUUCCUGCUUGGAAGCAUCUAUGAUUUUGUAUAACUCCUGUCAUUUCAUUGACCCUGUCGAAAGUUAUCCCCAUGAUCUAUUACUGGGACCAAGAAGAAAUGAACUCCACCCUUUGUGUUCACAAGCAGACGUGAUGACAGACUGCAGCAGGCUACGGUGAUACUCGUAGACUGUCUGCUCUAGACUUAUGCUUCCAGUUGGGCUGUCCAGGCACCUACCUGGCAUUUGUAAAUUACCACUCACCUUGCAUCUCCUUACCCAAUGUAGUGAUUUCCACAUCAGCCCAGGAUUGAGAGGAAGAGCUUUUCCCAGGCAUGGGCAGCCUAUAGCUCUGUGACAUAUUAAUCAAUUAUGUUUAUCCAUAACCUUGUGUUUGGGGGCGCAGGGCAGGGUGGGGUGAGAACAGAUUGUGAAAAAAAGGACAGUUUGAUACAAGGAAAAGUAAAAAAUUAAGACCUUUAAAUAGUUGCUAUGUUCUGGGAAGGCAUCCAAACAAAAUUUUAAGGGAGGAGGCACUGGGUGUUUUUGGUCUUGUUUUGUUUUUAAUUCAGUUGUGUAAUGAAUAACAAACUAAUUGGAAGGAAGUGUAUAUAAGUUUAGCACGACUUUUAAAGGCCAACAGUAACUUGGAGGUGAAUUUCCUGUGUGAUACCAGCAUUUAAUGACUUUCUAACCUUGUAUGUUUUAAAUGAUGAGAAAAUUAUAGCAAAAAUGCAAACAUAUGUCCUUGUCCUUUCUGAUUGUUUAAAAAUUUAAGUCCAGUGCAGGGCUCAAACCCCACAAUCCUCAGUUGAAGACCCAGCUGAGAUCAAGAGUUGGAGGCUUAACCAACUGAGCCACCUAGGCACCCCUGUCCCUUUCUGAUUUUAGAAUACAUUUCUCUCUUACAUUUUGACCAUUAUGUGGCCAUACCGAGGGGUUGGAUGAAUACCAGUACAAGACUUUCUUAUUGUGGCAAAAUGUAUAUAACAUAAAAUUUACUAUUUUAAUCCUCUUUAAAUGUACAGUUCAGUGAUAUUAAAGACAUUUACACUGUUGUGUUACUAUCACCACCAUCCAUCCUCAGAACGUUUUUUAUCUUCGAGACGGACUUUUUUGAUAGGAGGCAAGUUUAAUUCCCCUGCCUGGUACUUGGACUUCUUUUCCUUCUCACAUUCUUUGUAUCAUGGCCUUGUCAUGUCAGUGUUUUCUCCAGGCUUACACGCAGAAGUCCAGUGUGAGGGAGGUUUAGGUGACCAGAUGGAUCAGGCGGAUUCUGUUCUACUUCAUCUCCAAAGUAAAGAAAUAAUUACAGGUGGCUUCUGGUUUCGUCCUCGGAACACUAUCAUUUAAAAGGUCCCCAAGAAACUGUAUUAAUUCAGGGCCACCCUGGUGACUUGCAUUUCUUGGAUGUGGGCUUUCACAGUCUUGAACCACGUCAUUUCCACCCACAGGGGCAGCCGCAGGGCCUUCCCUAGUGUGUGGGAGACCCCAGACCAAGCCAGCAUAGGAUCUGCCCAGCCUCCGGGAGAGAAGAGCAGCCCGAGUCAGGGCAGGGCAUUCACAUUAAUUUUCCAAGGAU